AUCUCUCUCUGUUUUUCGCCUCUGAAUUUUGAGUUGAAGUGUCUAUACGUCUGCCAGCUUCGUUUGUUUAACAUCAUUCUGUGUUAAAACAGGGUUUAGCUCAGAUUAAACUGGUGUAAAUAAGUAGUGAGCUAACGCUUCAGCUAGCGAUAACGGCCGUGCCACGUUGCUAAGCAACGACAUUUCACUAAACAUAGUUAGCAUUAGCUUAGUUUGAGCUAUCUUGUAUUUUAGGCAUAUUUUAGUAGAAAGCAUCGUUUCUAGUGUCCGUGAAGGGAAACUCUACAUAAUUUUGCAUAAUUAAAUUUAAGGUUAAGAUUGAAACCGAGUCAUUCAGAGUGGUUUGGUGUGAAAUCCGUUCUAGAGAAACUUACAGAAUCAGAAUUGUUUACGGUGGUGCUGAUAGGAACCAGACGUCCACCCCUAAAGGUCCCUCGCUGAAGCUUAUUACAUGAAAUGAUUUGAUAUUUGCUGGCUCAUGUCAUUUUUUAUUGUUUUAUGACUAUUUUACCAUCAUUAACAUCACAUAGAGCAGCUCAGAAUGGACAUGUAGGUUCACUGGAAUGAUUGCAUCAGUUUAGCUUGUAACAUUAACACGUUAGGAGUAACAAAAGGGAUGCACCGAUAUGGGAAUCGAUGGGACGAUUAACCAAAACCGAUGCUGAUAUAUAAAAGCUAAACAGGGAGCACCGUGGCUCUGUGGUCAAUUCUGCCCAGCAUGAGAAGCCUCAGUGAUGAGGGCCUGGAUGAAGCGCACUGUUUGUGGGCCCUGUGUCCUCAUCCCUGCUGCUGGGAGACGGAGCACCGUAUUGCAAAAGGCAUUUAUCGCAGGGCAGCCAGAAAACCCACCAAACGCUACACUCCUGUCCAGGAGAGUUUGCCCUCUCAGAGCAUGGUCAGCGUCUCUGAGUGGGCUGGCAGACAAAGGCAUUCUGAAGGGAAGCCGCUGUACAAGAUGGUCAGUUCAGACAGCUCUGAGUCUGAGGGAUCUCUGCACAGUGUUCCCUGCCUACCAGUGCUCCCACAGACAGAGAACACACAUUCAGAUCCAGCAGCCAGCUUGGCAUCUUCAACAUCACAUUCUGGUGGCGCAGAAGGAAAAGGAGUGAAAUUAAACACAGUUCAGGUCAGCCCUCCGAUCGGCUCUGAGUCACCGUGGGGAUCAGGCUCUCUGGUCUUGUGGGUCCCAAACCCGAACUACGUGCCUCAUCGUCUUUCACAGGAAAGGUCCCCAAAAUAUACAGUGGAGGAGUUAAUCUGCCUUCCAGCCCAUCCAAUACAGAAGACUUCUAAAGUGGAAGAGAAGCCUAGAAGUGUAAAGAAGAAGGUGCGAUUCCACCUAGCCUGUUCACCCUUGACCUCUCACUCCAGGAGAGAAGCAGGGUCAUCCUCUCCAAGUCAGCUUGACCCAGCCUUGGACAGCAGCGUCAGUGGAGAAGAACAGACAUAUGACAUCUUGCGGUCAAGUGCACGACAUCCAUCAGCAGUGAGAGAGAGUAGAGUAGAACAUGAACCCGAAGACCUCGGACAGAGCAGUACCUUCAUGCCUACGAUUAGACCCGUAUUCUUACACACAGCCCGAGAAAGGGGGGUCAAGAAAGUGAGCAAGGAUGCCCCAACAUCUCUCUACAAAAUGGACAGCAAGACAGGUGAGGAGAGUGUGGACUGGGACAGUCUGAGGCAGCAAACAUACCUGUGGAAGAGGCAUAACUUACCUCAGCUUAAAGACUGCAGGAGCACAUUAUUUCCCCCAGGGGGCACCAGUGUAUCUCAGGAAAACUUUGGAUUCUCCCCCAUUUCUACGUUACGACCACAUCAGCGUCUCCAAAGCCCACUGUCUGUAGCUCCUGCGGCGUGGCACUGUGGGAAGGGGAUUUGGCGCUAUCAGCAAAGCAGCCUCUCACUGCUGUCUCACAGCAAAAAGCUCCACAGCACAGCUUUAGAGACAGAUACGGUCUACAGUACUUCUACUGUACGGAACCACAGCUUACAGCAUGGAGUGCAGAUGUUAGACACAGAUGAGAAGAAUGUGACAGAGGAGGUUCUUAAAGGCAACAUCACGCCAUUUAACUCACUGCUCUGCUGCCAGCACUCAAACCAGAAACGCCCUGGCAGUGAGUGUGAGUCCAUAUUCCAGGUUUGCCACAGUUUUCCAGAGGAGUCUAAUCCCAGUGCUAACAACAGCCUCAGCAUCAUCACUGGAGUGGUGCAGCCCUGGAGAGAGAGCAGGUCUACAGGCAGAGACCCAGGACCCAAAGAAUACCAACUGUCCACUCCCCCACCCAGCCUCAACUCACUAUAGCAUACACGUAUGCUGAAGUAGUUUUCGUGUUUAGAUUAAAUGCAGACUCAAAUUAGUUUGUAUUGGUUUAUUUCUUAAGUUUGCUUAAUGACUAGUUCUUGUGAUUAUUAACCGGGUUUAAAGUGGCUUAUUUUGUAUAUUUGUAACUGCUGUUAUGACUUGACAACAAUAGGUGGCAAUCUAAAUCUCUUCAUACGUGCUGGUUGUUGAAUAAACAGGCCAUGAUAUGGUUGGCUCAGCAGUGAGAGCCCA